AUGGAUUUGCUGCAUCUUUUAUCAUGGACGUGCAUCGUGCUCACACUCGGGAUGUUCUCGACAGGACUGGUCGACCUGAAAAAGAUGCAGAAAACCAAGAGCACUGACAACAUCCAAUUUCUGCCUUUCCUCAUCACUUGCGCCAGCAACCUUGGAUGGUUAUACUAUGGGAUGCUCAAGAACGACAGUACGAUUAUGGUGGUUAAUCUUACGGGUGCUCUACUGCAGACUCUCUACAUCUUAGUGUACUUAAAGUACACCAAACAAAAGAGAGAUGUGGUGUUCCAAAUGGUCGCAGUUUCAGCAGUAGGGACCAGCGCAGGGUUGUACUUCGUGUUGUUUCUUCCUCCUGGCAGCAUCCAGCUCAAUCAGCUUGGCCUCUUCUGCAGUGUGACCACUGUGGGCGUGUACCUGUCACCGCUCGCCGACCUGGUGGCCAUAGUGCGCAGUGGUGAUGUGCAGCGCUUGUCCUUCCCUUUGACAGUGGCUACUUUCUUCACGUGCACUUCCUGGGUUUUGUACGGCUACCAGCUGAACGACUACUACAUCCUGGUCCCUAACCUUCCUGGAAUCAUCACCAGCAUCAUCAGGUUUUACUUGUUUCGAAAAUAUGCCUCCAGCGGCCCUUCAUAUAAAUCCAUGUACGUAUGA